AUGUUUGCAUUCUGAUGGUUCUGGAAGUUUCCAUCAUAUUUUAUUUCCUCUUCUGGUUCUGGUCCAGACCCUGCAGUGUUCUGGUUGAGCAGCAGAGGGCGCCGCAGCAGGACUCGGAGCCUCCUGGAUGCUGCGGCUCUGCAGCGGCUCUCUGCGGUGUCGCCAUGGGAACGCUGCUGUCUCUGCCUCCCGGCUGCCGAUCCGCGGCGGCGGCUUUGAAGGAGCCGGCGGAGGUUCCUGAUGAGGAUGAGGAGAAGAAGAAGAGGCGCUCUGUGCUGCUGCAGGCACUGCGCUGCAGGAAGCGGCUGGCGGCGCUGGGCUCCAGGGGGAAGGCCCCCGAGGGCCCCAAGGUCAGAGCGCGGGCCUGGCAGGAGGAGCAGAUGUGCAUCAGGAGGCUGGUGGUUCAGGCCUCCACAGGCGAGCUUCUUCGCUGUCUGUCCGACUUCCUGCGCCGGCGCUGCGUCAAGCUGAAGGAGUUUCCGUCCAAUCGGAUCGUCGUCUGGCUCAGGAACGUGGAGCGAGCGCUGCUGCUGCAGGGCUGGCAGCAUCAGGGCUUCCUCAGCCCGGCCAGCCUCGUCUUCGUCUACCUGCUCUGCAGAGAUGCGGUGGACGAGGACACGGCCUCAGAGCAGGAGCUCCACGCCACCUUCCUCACCUGUCUCUACCUGGCCUACUGUUACCUGGGCAACGAGAUCUCCUACCCCAUGAAGCCGUUCCUGGUGGAGUCGAGCCGCGACGUCUUCUGGGAGCGAGCGCUGGAGGUCAUCGAGCGUCUGAGCGCCGACAUGCUCCGCCUCAACGCCGAGCCGCGAUUCUUCACAGAGGUCUUCCAGGACCUGAAGAGACAUGGCGGCGCUGGUGAGACCCAGAGGACAGCGGGCCAAGGGAUGGACGAUCUGGACUGAGAGACCCCCACUCGCCCAGGGCUGAUGCAACUUCCUGUUAAGGUUCCCUUGGCAACCACACUGGUACAGAACUCCCAGGAGCGCUUCUGACUCACCGGAACCUCCUCAGGUACAAAUGGGUCCAGAUGAAGAUGUCUCUGGGCUUCAGGACCAGACGGCAGGACACUACAGUACAUUGUAGUGUACAUUUCACACCUGAUGGCCCGGUAGACCCGGUUCUACUGGGGAUCAAGAUGCUACGUUUGAUCCCCAGCUGGUUUGGUUCUUUUAAACUGAACUGGGUCAAACAAUCCAAACUAACUGAACCUGUUCCCUUCCUGGCCUUUGGGGGCGCUGCACCAAGAACCAUUGAAGGAAACGACACUAAAGACACGGAGAGAAACUUCCUUCUUCACCAAAAGGAACCAGACGGAGAGCCGUCAGAUUUUAGCGGCUAUUAGUCUUUGGGUGCGUUGUAGUCCACUUCCUGUUUGUGGAGCGCUCUCCGGUCUGCUUGGGGUUCACAUCUGAAUUGAAUCCAGACCGAGGAUUGAUGACGCAUUCUCACCUCCUCAAACGAACCGGACUUUGACUAUUCGGAUUAAAGAGGAUUAAACAUGGCUGGUGUGAAUUCAGCACAAGAUUACAAUGGAUUACAACAGAAGGUCAAAACCUGAAGAACAAAACUAUUUACCCAAACAAACAUGCAUCUGUGAAAACUAUGCAGUAGAUUUAUUUAUUUUUCUAGAUGGUUAGCUUAGCGUAGCUUACCUGUAUACAACUCUAUUUUUAUCACCGCUAUGCUAACUGAUGUAUCAACUUCAAGUGAAAAUUAUUGAACCAUUAUAGACUGUUUAAUUAAACAGCUGUUUAAUUAC